ACCCCGAGUCUCCGACUGUCUAGGUCGAAUUCUCAACUCACACAACUUCCUUCAACUACCAGAACACUCAACCUACAACCAGCUCUUUACACAAUGACAAACCCACGCGCUCAAACCAGCACAUCUGGAUUCGAAGAUCCACAACACCAAAGCGAAACAAUGUGGUAUAAGAUCCGAGACGAAAGCUUUGGGCCCGAUUCCUACAUUUCCAACUUUAUCAAGCACACUGUACGCCAGCAUGACCUCGAAGUCACGGUGUAUAAUACCGCCCUUGACGGGAAACGCCACACUUUCCAUGCCAAAUCAGCGACAGUAGACACUGCGAAGAUUAGACACGAGAAGCAAGCGAAACAAUUGGUGAAAAGGAUGCGAGACACCAUCAAAAUCAUCAAUGAUUCCCGUCAAUCUUUCAUCCUUGCAGCCAAAGAGAAAAUGCUACAGCUCCAGGAAGAUUUCGCACAGCACGGCAGACAUAGCAUUGCAGACGAAAUGCUCAAGAUGACAAAAGCCGCGUACGAGUAUGCCGAGUCUUCCAAUAAACCGUACGAGUUCAACGCGACCGAGUUUCUCUAUAUCGCCAGCGUCGCUCAGCUUCCAGGAUACAAGCCAUUAUUCAGGGAGCUGUCGUUCGAGGCGAAGCGGAUGUAUCUCGGGAUGAUCGCGCAUAAAAACCGCCUGGUCAUCACCGCACACGUGCUAUGGCCGGUCAGGAACAUCAUCGAGCGUCCGACUCUGAAGGAGUUGGAGCGUUAUAUCUACAAGUUCCAGGCGGCUCUGUACGCGGUUGUGGUUGGCGACUUGGCAUACGAUGAGCGCGACUACGACACUCACGUGUAUCCUCGCUGGAAAUAUCUCAUGCGCAAUCACUCUCCCUGGAAUGCUGAGCUCGAGACUCCACUACUUUAUCCGAGGUUGAAGAUGGAGUAG